AUGUAUUCAGCUUGUGAAUGGCUUUUUGGUCUUUUGGGAUUCACCUACCUAGCCACAAGUGGCUGCAGAGGUGUUUUGUUGGAGAAUCCCAACAAGGAAAUUGCAGAUCGGAGCAACAUUUGGAGCUUCUGGGCUUUUACACCCUCAGCGACAACCACAAAUUACCAGACAAGUGUUGUGCCCAGCAGCGACAUUUGGACAGCGUCCAAAGAAGGCCCAUGCUGCUCGGAGCUAAAGUUCAUUAGGAUGGUGCAGUGGGGCUCUAGCACUGAUAAGGAAGAAGUAAAAGCAAAAGCAGGAGAGAAGGGGUUAGAGGUAAUAGUGCUAGAUGAUAAUGAUGAUAUUGAACAAGAAAACGAAGAAGAUUUGAACCUUAUGAGGAGUAGGAAGAAGAGAAAGCUCGAGGAUCCCAUUGCAAGGACCAAAUGGCUUGCAGAGAGGUACAAGUUACAAAAUGAGAAGGUGGAAAAGCUGUCAAUUGAAGUUACAAAGCUGAAGAGAGAUGCGGCGGCUGCAGUCACCACUAUACUAAAAAACAAGGACAUAAAUGAAGCUGGCGUUGAAGACCCUUGUUGCACCCCACCACCUCCCGAUGAUAAUCCCACUCAUCAAGACCCCACUUGUGUGAGAGAACUUAAAGAAGUCAGGGAAGAACUGAACAAACAAAGGAGGUAUUGGGAGAUUGUUAGAAAGGCCUAG